AUGAGAUUCGGAAAGAAAGGGGAAUUGAGUCCUCGGUUCAUCGGCCCUUACGAGGUCUUAGAGAGGGUUGGGACGGUGGCUUAUCGCUUAGCUUUGCCAGCAGAGUUGGACCGAGUGCACGACAUAUUCCAUGUCUCCCAGUUGAAGAAAUACGUGUACGACGCUUCUCACGUGAUUCCACCGGAGAUCCUUGAUCUAGACGAGACGCUGUCCUACGAAGAGAAGCCAGUGAGGAUUAUGGAUUCCAAGACCCGAGAGACUCGUCGUAAAGCAGUCAAGCUGGUGAAGGUAUGCUGGUCCAACCAUGGAGUCGAGGAAGCCACCUGGGAGAUGGAGGACGAGAUGAGGAGGCGUUACCUGGCUUUAUUUGACCUAGGUAUGGAGUAA